UGUGUGCGCACGGUGGAAAAGAGUGAAAGAAGCAGCACUUAUUUUUACAUAAGGACUGUAUUUACAUACCUGAAGUUAACUGAAUUAAUCCUGAGCCAGCAUGUUGUUGCACAUGGUUCAAGUCUUGUUUAAGGUCAGACUAAUAACGUAACAUCUGCCCAAUGGCAAGGUGUUUGGGUUGUAUGAGCCACUACCUAGAGCACCUUCAGUAUGCUUACACCUUACUCCUGAACAAGUGCAGAAUCCAGAAAAAUUAGUAAAAUACUGAAAAAAGUUGUUCUGUCACUGUGUUCAACACUGCUUGGUACCUCCAGGAGGAAAAGGUCUCUAAAUAUGACAAUGAGAUGACAACAGGCCCUGCAGCUGCUCCAGCCACCUGAAGACACUGUGACUGCUCCACUGCCACUGGAACCACUGAAGCAGCAUGGUCUGGUAGCAGUGGACCCUGCACAAAAGUAGAAGAAAUGUACAUGAAAAUUACCCUGUCAAAAUGCUUUAGCAAAAACAGUCAAGGACAAGGAGAGUGAAGAUGAUGAAGCAGAACCAUCACAAGGGUGAUUCUUCAGAGCCAUUAUCAAGGCCAUCACAGGAACCAGAAGAGGAGACAGAAGAGACAUGACUUGAUCCCUAUGCCUGAGUGUGCUAUGUGAGGCACAAGAAGAUUUCAGCAAUCAUCCAUGAGUGUAUUACUGCCUGUCUAGUCUGCUGGUGGGACAGUGGAGCCAACAGUGUGGAAUGAGAGGAGCCAAGGAGUGAUCAGCAAGACCUGCUUAGCCUUUAACAGCCCUUUAUGGCCAGUAUGAAAGUCCAGUGGAGAGGGGAGGCUAAUUGUAAACUGCGGCCUGAAUGAAGUCACACCACCUCUGAGUCCUGAAGUACUGGACGUAUUGGAACUUCAUACGAGCUGGAGUUAAAAGAAGCCAUGUGGUGCCUCAAUGAAUAAUGCUAUUGUGUUUUUAUCAAUCCCUUUGGGAUAGAGUGCAGGCCACAGUUUGCUUUUGUGUGGAGCUGUGUCCACAGUACCUGGAAUUGACUGCCAGCCAGAAGGAAAUACAGCUACUGUAUCAUCUGACACAAACUGAUGAAGGCUGGAACAAGGUAAAGCUCUGGUACACCUGCAGUGUGUUAGUGUCCAGAUUGAGAAACAAGAUGUUUUCUAUUGCCAUCUGUGUAGCAGUUGUCCUCUGGGCAGUUUUCCUUACCUCCUGUUAAUGGGCCCAUCAGUGUCUCCCCACAUGACUCAGAGUUAACUCCCUCCAGAGCCAGUUCUGUUUAACAGGUGAUCAAGGACACACUGCAUGACACAAUGACAUCAGUGAGAUGCUCUGCCUGGGGGGAGGAGCUAAGCAUCCCCACCUAGAUAUAGCCUGGCGUUUUGGGACAGAGCAGUCAGCCUUCCCACAGGUUUUCAAGAAGACACACCUGAGGUUUUCCACUUGACUGACUACGCCUUUUCUACAGGACCACUGCCCCAACAGAACCACAUCUGCCACUCCAGGAGGACUGCAGACACUCCAAUUUAGACUGCUACCAACACGCUGGCCAAAAAGGGCAUCCAAGAUGGAUCUCAAGUGUGCUCUGGAAGAAUGUUCAAUGGCACUGAACUUAUUUCUAAACAAUAAGUUCUCUGAAGCGCUGGAACUACUUCGUCCAUGGUCCAAAGACAGUAUGUACCAUGCACUUGGAUACAGCACUAUUUUAGUUAUGCAAGCUGCCAUGACCUUUGAACAGCAGGAUAUACAAAUGGGAAUUUCUACAAUGAAGGAGGCUUUGCAAACCUGCCAAAGAUUCAGGAAAAGAAGCACAGUGGUGGAAUCCUUGUCCAGUCUAGUUUCUAAACAGCCAGUGGAUCAGUUGAGUGAAGAGGAAAUGCAUGCUGAAAUCUGCUAUGCUGAAUGCUUAUUGCAGAAAGCAGCUCUCACCUUUGUACAGGAUGAAAAUAUGAUCAACUUUAUCAGAGGUGGCCUGAAAAUCAGGACAAGUUACCAAAUAUACAAGGAAUGUCAUCAGGUGCUACAGGCAACUCAGGGGAACAAAAGCAAAAAUGAAACAUACUGCCAGUUUGAAGGAGGAGUAAAACUUGGAAUUGGAGCAUUCAACUUGAUGCUGUCACUUUUGCCAGGAAGGAUCCUUCGACUUUUAGAAUUUAUUGGAUUUUCUGGCAAUAGGGAGUUGGGCCUCCACCAACUACGGGAAGGCGCAUCUGGCAGCAGUUUGAGGGCCAUUCUGUGUACUUUCACCCUGUUGGUUUAUCAUACUUACGUCUCCUUAAUCCUUGGUACAGGGGAAGGCAACCUUCAGGAAGCAGACAGCCUCCUCGAACCCUACCUCCAGAAAUUCCCAAAUGGUUCCAUUAUUCUAUUUUAUGCUGCCAGAAUAGAUAUACUGAAAGGAAAUUUUGAAAAGGCACAACUGACGUUCCAAGACUGCAUAGCAGCCCAGCAAGAGUGGAAACAGAUUCAUCAUCUCUGUUACUGGGAACUGAUGUGGUGCUACACCUUCCAGCAGGACUGGCUUCAAGCAUAUCGGUAUGCAGACCUGCUCAGCAAAGAGAGCAGGUGGUCUAAGGCAAUAUAUGUAUUCCAGAAGGCAGCAAUUCUGUGUAUGCUUCCAGAGGAUGAUUUGAAGAGGACUGGUGAGGACAUAGUGUCUUUAUUCAGACAAGUGGAUGGUCUAAAACAGAGAAUUGCAGGAAAAUCUAUCCCGACUGAGAAGUUUGCAGUAAGGAAAGCUCGACGCUAUGCAUGUCCUCAGCCAGUGAAGCUGAUCUUACCUGCCUUGGAAAUGAUGUAUGUCUGGAAUGGAUUUGCAGUUGUGGGCAAAAGAGCAGACCUCACUGAUAACUUACUGGUAACAAUUGAAAAAGAAGAAACCGCUCUACAAAAUGAAACUAAUCACAAUGAAUACUAUGUGGACGAUAUGUGCAUGUUGCAGCUACUGAAAGGCCUUUGUCUGAAACACUUGGGAAGACUGAUGCAAGCUGAACUGUGUUUCAGCAAAGUAAUUCAAAGUGAGAAGCAAAUAAAAUAUGACAGUUACUUGGUGCCAUUCACGCUGUAUGAAUUGGGUCUUCUGUACAAACAACAGGAUGAGAGAGAAAAAGCAAUAAGAUACAUAGAAACUGCAAAAAACAACUACAAGGAAUACUCUAUGGAGUCCAGGUUGCACUUCAGAAUUCAUGCAGCACUUGACAGCUUGAAGGUGUCACCUGCUUCUACACCUUGAAUGAGGAGGGAUGCUUUUCAUGCACACAAUAAAUAGCCUACACAAUCUUUUUUCAAUAUUUUUUUAAUCAUAGAGAAGAACAUAACGAUUGUUUUCUGUCACUUCUGAUUUGAUGUAUGUAAUUCUUUUAGACUUUUCUGUAUAGCGCAUAUACUGUAUCUACAUGCUGUUUUAAAGAAGACCUUAUAUUUUGUUGAUAAAAAUAAUUUAAUAUUUGACUUGAAUGGGGGAUAUUUUUAAAAAAAAAUGGUGAUGGUGCAAUAAAAUGUAAUGAAAAUACUUUAUUUUUUUUUAAUAUGAGAACAGAUGCAGGUUAUGCAGUGGAACUGGUGAUAAUUUCUGUAUUUUAUGAAAGUUUUAUUUUCUGCAGUACACUUAAGACAUUUUUCCCUCUGGAACAAAAAUGCAAUGUCUGCAGAUAACCUUAACCAUGUUUUUUGGUGUACCAUAUUCUGAAAUUUGUGUUCCAGAGGAAAGAAUUAGUGAUUUUUAACUUAAAUUUCAUUUUGGGAACAAAAUUAACCUGUCUGAAGUGCAAUAUUUCUGCUCUGUCAGAUGAAUCUAAGGAGGGCUUCAGAUAAAGCUAAGCAGGGCUACAGUUACAAUGUCUCUGCAGGUCUGUUUCAGUCAAAAGAAGGGCAUACAGGGGAUAUUUUUCACUUGUAGAAAAGCAGAGCUACAAAGGGCAUUAUGUCCUUGUUCUAAAGUAGAAUCAGCAGUCUUAAGUUGAUCCUGACAGAUUCAUUUCACCUGUUUAAGAAAAGAAAAAAAACCAAAGCACUGAGAAAGUAAUUUUCUAAGUUACACAAGAUGGUCUUUCCCAGCGAGAAAAGAUGGAGAAAUUUUGCCUGAUGUCUACCCCAAAUAGUUCUUGACACAAAUGAAACUGAUUGUUUCCCAGCUUCCCUGUUGUGGAUCUGGAGAAAGUACUGUUCUUUCCCUUUUUUAAGCAAUCAUUUAGUAUUUGUAGAUUAGCACGCUGGUUGGUAUUCUCUGUUUUUGGAUCCCAACCAAAGUAAAUAAAAUAUUGGUGGAUUUAUGUAUUUUCCUAAUAAUGAGUUAGAAUUCAUAUUAACAGAAGUUGAUUUGCAUCAAAAAGUGAAUCCAGUUUUAAACUUGCCAUUAAGAAAAUAUGCAUAUUCUAGUCUAAUUUCUACCAAAAAUGCGCAGUAAAAUUGAGAUGCUUAUAAGUGUAUUUUUCUUGUCAUGCUUAUAUGCAAUCAGCACUAUUAAAUAGAAUUUUCCAUUUCCCUAUGAAUUUCUUAUAGAUACACACAUCCUACCUGUCUGUUCUUAAAAAUAAAAAUGCAUUUUUUUAAAUUUACAUAUACACCCAGGAACUCUUCUUUCACUAGCUAUUGCAAAACUUGCCAUUUCCAUAUUUUAUCCAUGUUCAGUAUAUUUACUUCUGUGCAGUAAAUUCAUAAUACCUAAUUAUGAAUUACAUAAUUACAUAAUUCAUGUAUGUAAUUUGCUGCCCUUAACUACCACCCAAGCAAAAUCAGGAUGAAAGAAAUAGGUGAAAACUGUGUCCUUAGUAAAUAAAUAACUGAAGUUUCUAAUUAAACAGUAAUAUCAUUUAAAUGCUAUAGCACUUCUCCUCAGGUUACUGAGAACACAGCUUUCUUCUAUGACUUAUACAUAUAAUAAAUUUAUAAUAACUUAUACAUUUAAUUGCUUAUAAUUCUGUAAUAGAGUGGUAUAUUUACAGGAGAAGUAAGAGUAUAAAAAUAUUAGCUAAAUAAACAUAAUGGGUCUUUCAAAAUGGAAACCUGAUCCAAAGUGUUUCUUUGUUGAAUUUGUGCCUACUGUAAAUGUGUAACUUAAGUUAUUGUGUAAAAUUAUGCACAUGUAAGUUUGACACUUAAAUACCCAAGACACUGAAUUACUGAUAAAAUAUGCAUGUUUAUUUUCAAAUGUAUUCAAUUGACUGUAGCUAAAACUCAAAACAGAGAUUAGCAUAUGCUGUCGAAUGACUUCUCUAAAGAUUUAUCCAUUCUUAUAUAUAUCUGAUUGUAAACUGUAGUGAGCAUAAACUCAUAUAUUUUCAGAAAAUACUUCUAAUGUAUCUGUGGGCAUUGUUUGUUCAGUCUAGGAUUAUUUUGGUUUAAUCUGAUUAUUGGAUUAGGAUCUGCUUCAUUUUUCUGUAGAAGGUGAUGGGAACAAUUGCCAGUAAAACUUCUGUAAUUUGUGUUCCAAGCAGUACUUCGGUUUAUAUAAUUGGGACUACAGAUUCUCAGGGCGGAGCGUGAUGUAGUCUCUGUUGUCUUGUUUUUGAGGGGAGUGUCUUACAGCUAAUAUUUAGGGAUGAUUUGAGAUAGAAAUUAAAAUUCACAAAAAAUGAACAAUUAUCUUCCUUAGAAACUGAUUUUUUCAAAGUUUAGAAAGCUUCAAGAAGCUGUGUACUUUUUUCCAUGGGUGAUGUUACUGACUGAAGAGAGAGUAAAAAGAAAUAUUUUAUUCAGUUCAGCCUUCCAAAGGUAAUAUUAGUUCUGUUGUAUGUUGUACUGUGUUUCUUUUGGGAUCAGCCUUUUUUGCACUACUGCAGAGGACAGGCUCAUCCACACAAAUUUGCAGUACCCUCCAUAUUGUUUUGAGGACCCAUUAUUAAGUAUUUAGAGCUUGCUUCUUUUUUGUGCUGCUGUUCCAGACUUUGCUAGAAAGAUUGACUGUACAGAAUUCUUACUUUAAGCUUUAUUCUGAACAUUUUUUUUCAAGUUAUUAACAGUGGACAUACAAAUGUGUGAGAGUGAUUUAUAACCCUUCAGUUAAGGUAGGUCUCCACAGAGCUGCAAGAGAUGCUUAGUUUUCCAAAUGCUUCAGAAAAGUGCACGUAUCCUUGACACAAUACUGUGAUGCAGUAUUAUUUAGGACAUUACACCUGAGUUAACUGAUUUCUGUCUAAGAGUCAGACAAAGGGUCUCUGGCUUUUUUUAAAUAUUUUUUUUAUCUGUUGUAUUCUGUACUGGGCCUUAAAUACAGCUCUUAGUCUUAACUGCUGUUUAUAAUAUUCACCGCACAUGCUCAUCUUCCACAGGAAUUUUGAAUAUUGUGCUGAGACUUAAUUAAGCAAAGCUGAUAAUUUACCUAUGAUGAUAAUAGCCUCUCUUGAUAAUAGUAGGAAUUACAAUAUAUACAAGAGCAAAUUUAAGUUGUUAGUUUAAGUAAGAAAGGCUGAGCUUACAUUAUGACAAAAAGUCAUUUAGUUCUUUCUUAUAAUAGAUGUUUUGGGGUUUUUUUUAAUAAGCAAUAAUAAAUUAGCCUGGUUAUAGGACAAAGCUUCUCUUUGAUUAAGAAUUGCCUACUUAGAAACUAUUACAAAAAACUUUGUCUGUGCAAAUCAAUCAAAUGUUUAAUCUGUUGAAAGAUCAUUGUACUAUGGUUUGUAAGUCUUUAUUCAUCAGAAUAAAGAAUAAAUUUCUGUUUUUAACAGAAAGUGGAAGUGAUAUGUUAGAAGAAAGCUGAAGCAAGAUUGUUAUAUAUCUGUUCUAAUACAUAUGGGGUAGCAGCUGUAUGUAGCACUUUAUGGCCAGAGAAAUGUAUAAUAAUCAGAUCUUAGUAAGUUUGUAAAACAUCUUGCAAAGUAAUGUCUAAAACAAGUAAUUUCUUGUAACAAAUUCAACUUAGACUUUGCACUUAUUUUAUUACUAAUCCUAAUGUUUCAUGUCUUUUGUUUCUGUAUAUUCUUACACUGCCUAGUGGAACAAAGAAUGUUUAUAUUUGCCCUGGUGCUGCAGUCUCUUUGCUUCUAAUCUACUGAGGUUUGCACAUGUUCUUAUCUGGUACUUGAUGAAUAAACGAUGAGGGCAGAAAAACAGAAAAUGAGGAAUGAAGUGUGUUCUGGUUUAAAGAGCAUAUAAAAGUGUUCAUUGUGAUGGACUAGAAUGGAUUUACACUUCAGAGGAAUAAAUCACAUAUGCUUGUGCUACCAAGUGCUGAAUUUGCACUGUAUUCUGUUUGUACAUCAAGAACCUACAGCUAAGAUUUACCAAGGCAUUAUAAUCAAAAAAAGACUGAUCUCUAGUUUAUAAAUGCAACCUUAAGUGUAGAGCUCUUAUACAACCUGUCCAGACUGAGAGGUUGUACAAAGCUGUUAAAGUCAAUUGAGUAAAUAAAGGAUCCUUUGAAUGUAGAUAGCAAAUGUAAAAUAAGCUGUGGGGUUUCUUGAUUUUUUGGGGGGCAUUUGUGGUGCUACUUGUGUUUAGGAAUUUUUGUGUUUUGGGUUUUGGUUUGUUUUUUUCCUUAAUCUGGUAAUAAAUGCUAUAAGACAGCUUCAUGAAGAAA